AUGUCUUCUGACAGAUUGAAAAAAGAGCCGGAUGAGCGAGCCCUCACUGCAAAAACAGCAUUGUCAAAAAAUCUUUUGGACGGCCAUGUUCAACUUGCCGAAGACGAUAAAAGCAUAAUUGCUCCUGCACCGGACACUGGCAGCAGACCUCCAUCGCCAACUCCCACUCAAUUGGAAACUUCUCACGAAGUUGACCAGACUGCUGAUACCAAUUCUAUGGGCAGAACGUCUCCGCAGGUACAGGUGAAAAAGGAAGAAGAGUUUCAGCUCCCUCUGUUGAUGGAAGAAGAGGGAAAGCCAAGCUACUUUUCCUAUGUGUCACUCAUCAAGUCAGAGAACAAAGGGUUUAGCAUCUGGUCGGUCGAUGCAUUCAAUCUUGGCCCGACAGUUGAUGUCCCUGCUCGAUACAUUGCCAAAGGCUGGACACGUAAAGCCAUCUCCAAAGCCUUUGGAGGUAACACGCAAAUUGUCCACCACCAUUUUGGUUCAAAUGCGACCAGGACGCCAUUUCUGACGCCUAAUCGCACUUGGCACCCUCCUCUUCCCACACCAGGAAUGCAUGGCAUCGCAUUUUUGGACAUAAGAGAUUGCCCCAAUCGACCAGAACCUAUUAACAUAUUUUCGGGAGAAGGCCGCAAUGACUGGCGGCUUCUUGGAACAUACGAGUAUUCCCGUUAUGGCGAAAUUGCACCCCAGCAAGCAGCGCAGAUUCCUGGCGAAGUGCUGGACGAAUGGAUCCAAGGUUUCAUCACCAAAGAUUGGGGUAAACGUAGCAUUGCGAGUGCGAACGAGUAUAUUGUCGAUGACGACCUGAAGGUGGUGCCAACAGAGGCAAGCGUGAAGGCUGCAUUACUGGAUGGACGAAUCGUACUCCCAUUCACCAUCCUCAAGUGUGUCGGUUAUCCGAUGGACUGGAUCCGGAGGUUGGAAGAAGCGGAGGCGGCGUUGACAAAGACUUUGAAGCGCCCUGCGCCAAAGAGCAAGCGAAACGCAUCGAAACGCGUAAAGAAAGAGGAAGGGGCGGUAAAGAUUGAGUCGGAAGGAGAAUCAGACUCGGGGUCGGACACAUCCGAUCACCACUCAGAACCCGAGGAGGAAUCUCGUCAGACAACAUUGCGAAGAUCUCUACGCAAACUCAAGUCGAAAGCAUAA